AUGAAGAACUCAUUAUCCCCUAAUUUAUACAAUAACGUCUCUAAUUGCAAAGUUCUGGUUGUCGGUGCCGGUGGCAUCGGAUGCGAACUUUUAAAGAACUUGGUUUUGACUGGAUUCUCUGACAUUCAAGUGAUUGAUUUAGAUACGAUAGACGUUAGCAAUCUUAAUCGUCAAUUUUUGUUUAGAAAAGAACAUGUUGGAAAAUCAAAAUCACAGGUGGCAAAGGAAAGUGCCUUAAAAUUCAACCCUAAUGUUAAUAUUGUUGCAUAUCAUGACAGUGUUAUGAAUCCAGAUUAUGGAGCUGAUUUCUUCAAACAGUUUAAACUGGUUAUGAAUGCUUUAGAUAAUAGAGCUGCCAGAAAUCAUGUGAAUCGUAUGUGUUUAGCUGCUGAUGUACCAUUAGUAGAAAGUGGUACAGCUGGUUAUCUUGGACAAGUCACUGUAAUCAAAAAGGGUUUGACAGAAUGUUAUGAAUGUAGACCUAAAGCAGCUCAAAAAACAUUUCCUGGUUGUACAAUACGUAAUACACCAUCUGAACCAAUACAUUGUGUAGUCUGGGCUAAACAUUUAUUCAAUCAGUUAUUUGGUGAAGAAGAUCCAGAUCAAGACGUAUCACCGGACACAGAAGAUCCUGAAUUAACAGCUGCAGCAGGUGAGAGUGCAUUAGAAAAAGAAACAGAGGGUAAGGAAAUAGAGAGAAAAUCAACACGAGUGUGGGCCAUGGACACUGGUUAUGAUGCUGAAAAAAUAUUCUCCAAGUUGUUCCGAGAUGACAUUAAAUAUUUAUUAACAAUGGAAACUUUAUGGAAGAAAAGAAGACCUCCAGAGCCAUUAGAUUAUAAUAAUCUCUCAGAUGAAAGUCCCAGUUCAACCAAUGAUAUGAGAGAUCAGAGAAUCUGGUCUAUGAAAGAGUGUGCUGAUGUAUUUUCUAAAUGUUUAGCUAAAUUAAAAACAGAUUUAGCAGCACAAGGUGAUGGUGGAAUGCUAGUCUGGGAUAAGGAUGAUGAUAAAGCAUUAGAUUUUGUUGUAUCAGCAGCUAAUGUUAGAGCGAAUAUAUUUGGAAUCUCACAGAAGUCACGAUUUGACAUCAAAUCCAUGGCUGGUAAUAUCAUUCCUGCGAUAGCUACAACCAAUGCUAUUAUAGCUGGUUUAAUUGUAAUGGAAGCCUUAAAAAUACUCGAUAAUAAAUUUGAUAAAUGUACUGCCGUGUAUUUAAAUCGUAAACCUAAUUUCCGUAAGAAAUUAUUAGAUGCAGGAAGAUUAGAUCCUCCCAAUCCUAAAUGUUACGUUUGUUCAGCUAAACCAGAAGUUACAGUAGUAUUAAAUACACAGAAAAUUACCAUCAAAUUUCUAGAGGAUAAGAUUCUCAAGAGUGAAUUAGGUAUGGUAGCACCUGAUGUAGAAAUUGAUAAUGGAUUAGGAACUAUUAUAAUAUCUAGUGAAGAAGGUGAAACAGAACAAAAUAAUGAUAAAUUUUUAUCAAAGUUUAAUAUUAUAAAUGGAAGUCGGUUGAAGUGUGAUGAUUUUCUUCAGAAUUAUAAUCUUAACAUUACCAUAGCUCAUGUGGAGAAACUAGAAGAUGAAAAGGAGUUUAUGGUAGUGGGAGAUAUGGCUGAAUUACAGGCUAAACUAGAUGAGAAUUCCAAGAAAAAAGAGGGAGAAAGUAGUGGUGCCACACCUGGUAAUACAUCAUCAAAAGGUAGGAUUGGCAGUGUAAACUAUCAUAGUAAUUUAUAUACCAAACAAAUAUUAGUUAUAUUCUAA